UGAGGUGGGGUUGGACCAAAAUGCAGGGGAGUCGGUAGGCAAUGUCAAACAAAGGGUUUAAUACUCAAAACCUGGGACACAGACAGGGUAACACGCAGCGACAAAGGGUAACGCUAAGACAAAGACUGGACACAAAACGGGAACCUAAAUACACAGAAACAAACAAGACACAGGUGGACACAAUGAAACUAACGAGAACUCAACGAGACACAGAAGUCCCGCAAGAACUUUAUUCUGAGGCGACCGUAGAACUGGCCAAAGCCAUGCGUUUACCAGAAAAGUACUUUUGCAUCAACAUCAUCGGAAGCCAGACCAUGACUUUUGGGGGAACGUCAGAGCCCUGUGCCCACUGUGACAUCCGUACCUUUGGGAGAAUUAAUGAGGAACAGAACAUGAAGUACUCGAAACUGGUGUGGGGAUUGCUGAAGAAACACCUUGGUGUUCCAUCUAACAGAUGCCACGUUACACGAAACGAUCUACGGCAGCCAAGAAGAGGAUGGCUGCUCAAGACGACCAAGGAUCCACUUUUGAGUCAAUCAAAUUCAGCAGAAAAGCAGCCAAACAUGCCACGUUCCAGCAAACGUUCUACAGCGGCCAAGAAGAACUGGGCUCGUUCAGAUGACCAAGGGUCCACUUUCGAGUUUGACAGCUCUGCCGCCUGCGAAGUCACACAGCUCGUCAAGAUGUCAGACUAUGCCAGGAGGGCGUUUAGGAUGCAGUUGGGGACCAUCAUGGAUGCCGUUAUGAAGACUGCCGUGUGUGAGAUCGCCAAGAUCUUCGAGAGCAGCCUGUGUGAGCAGCAGUUGGAGCUGACUCAGCAUGUGGAGGAGAUCUCCAUGCUCCGGGGCAAGCUGGACAAGGCAGAGAGGAGGCUAAGGGGCGAUGCUGAAGAGGGGAAACGGAUGCCGGCAGUGGAACUGCAUGUUGACGUGGAGACCUUCAGCAAAAACAUAUCCACAAUGAUGACAGAUCCAGAUACACGAGAUAAUGUUCCUGACUACUGGUGCGCUCCUGUCCAGAGUGAUGAGCUCGUGGCCUCGUCCUCCAAUGCCGGACAGGAGAACGAGUGUCCCAGUGUGACGUUAAAGCCGCUGACUGUGACACUGUGGCGCAUGCCCGACAUCAAACAGGAGGUAGAAGAUGACUUUGAACCCCAUCUGAUAACAGCCCUUACAACAAGUCCUCCUGGUAUAAGGAUGGAAGCAGACUGUGGCCUGGAGGGGCGACUCAGAGACAGCAUCCAUCAGCUCAACCUUCCUCUGAUCGCGGCAGAGUAUGCCUGUGGUCAAAAUCAGCCAAUGUUAGGUAGGAUCAAGCAAGAAGAGUGUGAAACCACCAUCAAAUCUGAAGCACCGAAGCAUAAAAGAAGGCGCAAAUCGAAGCACCACAAAAGAUCCCAAAAUACCAACAUGUCACAGAUGAAACCGCCAAAGUUAAUCGAAGGACAAAUUAGUUAUAAAUGCAAAUUUUGCAAGAGAAUUUUCGAUACAGAAGUCGGCCUGAAAGUGCACUCAUGGUUUCACAAGAAGUGUCCAAACUGCCACGACAUAUUCCCCUACCCAAGUAUUCUCCGAAGGCAUAUUAAGAUGUGCUGCCGGGUAAAGGAGGAGACUGAGACAACAGAAAGGAAAGCGAACACCAGCAGUCAAACCGUUUCCCCUAGCUCUCCACGCAAGAAGAAGAAUCUCCCCGACUACCUGGCGAAUGAGGGAACUACCUCAGCAAACUUCCCUAAACAGCACACCUGCAAACAUUGCAAUCGCAAGUUCCGAACGAAGGCCUAUUUAAGGAUGCAUGUGAAAAACUUUCACGACGAACCGUGGAAGUAUCCCGGAAAGAGGAGAGACCUGGCCUGGACCGUCCCUUUCGAGGAGAACACGGAACACCAGACGCACACCACCAACCCUCGCAGGAGACACAGAAAUCUAGCUGCUUUGAGUAAGUUGAAUCCCAAGGGCAAAGGAAAUGUACUGGAGACUCUUGGCAAGAGGGUUUCUAAUGGCUAUAAGUGCAAAGUGUGCAAGAAGGUUUUCUGCACUAAGAGCCGCUUUAAAGAACAUGUGCCCCUCCACACCGAUGACAAGGCGCUUCAGUGCAGACGCUGUGGUCAGAGUUUCCGGAUUCACGCACGCUUGUCCAGACAUCAUAGGAUUUGCACUGGGCCACUCAAGAGUUUGCAGUGUGAGGAUUGCAGCACGACAUAUGCCAACCAGAUAAUGCUAAGCAGACAUAUGAUGGAUGUCCACAAAAGGAAGCCCCACACCUGCAAGAUCUGUGGAAAGGGCUUCUCAUACAUGGGGAGCCUGAGGGAACACUAUAAACGACUCCAUGCCUGAUAACUCGGUUCUCCGAUCUCCUAUAGAAUUCAACCAUGGUUUAAUCAAAUACUUCAUUUACUGUACUACAGUACUGUACCAUUCCAGAGGAGUCAAAGUUACAUUGUUUAGGAUAUUAGAUUAUUUUGAAAAUUAAUGUAAUGAAGAUGACAGUAAUGUCCCUUAUCUAGUGAAGGAUUUUGUUUGUUUGAUCUUAUUAGAUUUGCUUUGUAAGAAAGCUUUUUUUAUGAAAGUUAUACGCAUGUAACAUAAUUGCAUCAAAUGAAUUAUUUCACUGCUGUUGUGCAUUAACUGAGACAAAUACCGCCAAAUAUUUAGUUCAAUAGCCAUUUUACAUGUAUGGAAAGUGAAUAAAAUAUCUUUACAGUAA